AUGGUUAAUGCUACUGAAAAACGUGUAGCUCAGUUGAUGGAACAGUUGGAGGCUUUCGAAGAAGCUGAGGCUCAGAAUUGUGAGGCUUCUGACAACGAUGAUGAGGUGGCCAGUAGUGCACUGUCGGACGAAGUUAAACGGUUGGAAGAUGAAAUAUCCAUGGUGAAAACUACUAUGGAACUGGAGGAGUCAAAGCAUCGUCUACGAAUCCUUGAGCUAGAAGAGGGUCGUGAUAGUUUGCGGAAAGAUAUCACUGAACUGGAACGUCAACUAAAGGAGCGUCAAUCAGAACUACGGGAUACUCAAGCUCAGUGUGAAUCCUUGAGAAUGCAACUCAAUUCUACGAGAAAUGAACGCGAGAAUUCUGCACUUUCUCAAAUUGAAGAUCGACGCCGACGUGCUGAAAAACUGAUUGUUCGACAGCGGGAAAUGAUCAGUAAAUUGAAAGAAGAUUUGCAGCGUUCAGAAACAGAAAAUAAGCUUAAAGUCGUAAGUUAUGCACAAGGUGAAAAUGUUUCCUUAUUGAUAACUACAAUUUGUUUGUAA